UUUAUCAUUUUGGUUAUGCUAGUGAUAAACAUUGCGAAUACACAAAAUGUGAUAACAAGACAAGCAAUAACAUCGUAGUAUCGUACAUGGAGACGGAUAAAUCAAGCAUAAUUUUGAAAAGUACCUAUUUAACAAACCAAUCGACAAUGAUGUAAAUCAACUAAAUUGAACUCAAGUUGUUGGUUUUCAAAGUUCUAUACAUUUUCACAUAUCAGGCUUAAUGUCCUUGUUUGUGGAUGGAUAGUUCUAUGUCAUUCAUAGACAUUUAAAUCAAUUGAAGCCAAACCAACUUAACUAAUAUGAUACGAUGCUCAAUUUUUGGAAAACAAUUCAAUCUAAAAAGAGUUCAACUCCAUCAGCUAAUAUCAAUAACGUUGGACUGAGCAUUAGCAAUGAUGGGCUACUGCCUCUUAAAGAUUUUGAAUAUGAAGAGAGUGAUCUUUAUGCUCUGGAAAAAUGUAGAUUAUCAUUGCAUUUUGGUGAAGCAUUGGUGUUGGAUAAUAGUGCACUCUUAUCCAUGUUUAGACAAUUUUUAGACCACAGAAAUUUACUAUCACUUUACCAUUUGUACAUGGCGUUAUUGGGUCGUACAGAUAUUGAAGAUGAGUUAUUACGUACAAAUUUAUUAAGAAACAUCUCAGUUCAUCGUAUUCAUUUUCCCGAUCAACUAAUAGCUAAAAUUAAUAAUCAUAGUAAACAUUUAGAUAUUGGUGAUUUAAAAGAAGUUACCGAUAAGGUUUAUGUAAUAUUACAAGAAUAUUGGAAUAGUUUUGUCCAGACUGAUAUGUUUUGUAAAUACCAAGUAGAUGUCUUAACAGGCGGACAAGUUACUCUUGGUGAUAUACUGCUUUGUGAUGGACUUCUUUCUUAUUUCAUGGAGUUCCUUGACAGUGAAGGGUGUAGAUCUAUUGUCGAGUUCUGGUUAGCAGCUACAAAUUUUAAGAGUUGUGUGGAACAAUUAAAAAAUACUUCUGUUAACUAUGAACAAGCACAAAGUGACGCUAUUUGUAUUUAUGAAAAGUAUCUUUCUCUUCAAGCCACUUGUUCACUUGGUUUCACUGAUCAAGUAAGAAUUACUGUCGAAGAAUCUAUAUGCCCAGCUGACAUACAAGGCCAAACUGUUACUACAAUUAGCCAGUGUUUUAGAUCUGCCGUUUUAGUGGUCCUAGCAUUUUUACGUCAUAGAUGUUUAAUGCCAUUCCUAUCAUCUCAACAUUAUGUACGUUAUUUGUCCGAAUUAAUAAAAGCUGGAAAUUCCUACCAAACUCUAUCACAAGACAAUGAAUCAUCUAGUUCCUCAGUUUCUGAGUAUAGUACUAAUUCAAAACGAUCAAUGUCUUCUCUUUUACCUUAUUCGGCCAGUACCGAUUCAUUAUGGAGAAAAAGACAGCAAAGUGGCUUAAGUUUUGGUCGAGUUGACGAAUAUGGACGUUUUGAAAGGAACAUAGAACCAGAUCCCGAUAAAAACAAAGAAUCUGGCAUCAGAAGAAUGAUGAAAAAAUUUGUAAAUAAAGAGGGUGUAAAAAUGCAAGAAGAUAUGGCAUGGCAAGUAGCUGAAAUGAUUAUAAAAGACGUGACAAGUGUGACAAUGGCAAAUAAUGAUGAAGAUUUUGGUGCAGAAUAAAAAA